CAGAGGCAGGAGAGCAGGAGGGCUCAGAUGCCCGUGGUUAAGCAGGGGAGGUUGGAGCCGGCUUUUCUGCACUCCCUCCAUAAGGUAUUAGCUCCGCAGCGUCGAUCUGCUUUCCUGAGAAAGAAAGCACAAUGCUGCUUGCCUGUGUGUCAAAACCAGUGAUGGUCUGAUCCAAAACUUGUGCAAUCGGUGGGUUUUGGAUCAGGCCUUUAACCGACAAAUAUUAGCAAAGCGAUCUGAGCUGCUGGUAAGGAAGGGCUGAGCUCCUGUGAUUUUCCAUUUCGCGCACUGUUACUGUUGUGCCUAGUAUCGAGCUCCAAGGAAACCGCUGCAGCUUAUUGCUUCUUUGCAACCCGCAGCGGCCUUUGCAGCACUGCUCUGCCCUUGGGAGAGGAGCGGAGAGCUCCCGGCGCCGGAGCCGCCCCCGGCGCGCCACGUCCCGGCCUGAGGUCUGGCGCGCUGCCCGCGUCCCGGACCGGGGCUCCCGCGAGCUCGGAAAUGCGUGACCGUGCCUCGCUGGCACUAUUACGUACGCCAAAGUGCUUCAGCCGGGGUAAGUUAAAGGCUAUUUACAGUAUAAGGGAAUUAACUGCUGUCACACGGCGUCACAGCGAAAGGGAAUGUAACAGGAGAAGUCAAUAGGCAGUGAGGUCACACGAAGUGCUGGCGUGCAACGGCGAGCAUGAGAGGCAGCGACGCGGGCUGGCAGGCUGCGAGUCCUCGCGGAGCAGCAAGGCACGGCCGUCCCUUUCCAGCCCUGUCCCGCCGGGAUGUAGCUGCUCGCAGCUUUGCUCUGCGCCUUUUCCACCCCACUUCACCAGUCAUUAUAAAACCCUUCUCCUUGCCGCAAUCGUGUCUCUGCGGGAAGUGUGCCACCCAGUUUUGGCAUGCAAUCCAACCUGGCUGGUACCGGAAAGCCACGUGACGCAGAGCAAACCCGGGGGAAGCUUAUUGCCUUAGUCAAUAUUUGCUCGCGCUCAGGGAGGAAAGAUUUUAACAGCUUCCACUGACGCAGAAGAGCUGACCUCACGUAUUCCUUCGCAAAGCUGAUGUGUGCUUUUGGUGACCCUCUGCCUCCGAUGUUGCCAGCAGCUGGUGCCCAGGAUGAAGGACAGGCUGGAGGAGCUGCGGAUGCGAGUUAAGGAAGCGGGGGACCCCUGCGAUGCGGAUGAUAUCCUUGCCUUCGAUAACCCUGUUUUCAGCGAAGAGGAGGCCAGUCCCAUGAGCAAGGUUUUCCAGGAGGGGUCUAACCUCUCUUUGGCCCUGGACAAGCUAGAGGAGUUAGCUGAGAGCAUUGACAAGCAGCAGCAGAAAGUGCUCUGCUGCACCACCGAGGACAGCAUCUACGAGGAGAAGAAGGGGCUCAGCAGUAUGAAAGCCGCCUUCACCAACGAAGCUAAGGUCAUCCAGCCCCAGCUCAGCGCCAUGCAGGACAGGCUGGUCCGGGACAGCAGGCCGUGGUGCGCGGGGCACCGUAUCCGCCAGAACCAGCUCUCUGUCCUGGUCAGGCGGUACCGGGACGUCCUCGACAGGCACUACGCCAAGGAGACCCUCUACGUGGGGAAGCUGAAGGAGCAGAUCACGAGGCAGGCAGAACUGGCGGGCCUGAGCCUGGGAGAGAAGGAUGUUGAUGAGCUGGUGGAGAGCCCCGUCCCUCCGCGCAUCGUGGGCCGGGACCUGGAGGUGCUGAAGGCCAAGCAGCAUCUGGCCGUGGCUCAGGUACGCCACCAGCAGCUGCAGGACCUGGAGGCUCAAAUCACGGAGCUGCACGCGCUCUUCCUGCACCUGGAAGUGCUGGUGUCGGAGCAGCACGAAGUUGUCAACAACGUGGAGCACUACGUGCUGCACACGCUGGACUACAUCCCUCAGUCCGGCGAGGAGGUGAAGAAAGCCCUGCAGUACAAGCGGCAGUCGCGGCUCUCGGCCGCGCUGACGGCCCUGCUGAGCCUCUGCGCCUGCUGCACGUGCCUGUCGUGCCUGGCGGGCACGGUCCGGUGAGCCUGGCGGAGCCCAGCCCCGGCGGCGGGGCAGACACGGCCACCUCACGUGGUGCACAGCUCCAGCUGGAUGCCCGGCUCAGCGACGCGGGUAUCGGCCCUGUGGACACCCCCAGGCAGGACUCUUCCGUGCUGGGUGGAUUUACGGCAGCUCUCGUGGAUUGUCGUUGCGUGCCCAUGCCGGGAUGGCAAUCGAGAGGUGCCACCGGGCUGUGGAGCCUGCUGCCCUGCACGGCAGCAUGGGACCGUGCUCACGGCUGCGGGACGUCCCCUGAGUGCCGCAGCACCGGGCAGAAAAGCACUUUGAGAUUAUGAAAUGUACCUUCAAAAACGCUAAUAGUUAGAGAUUUUUGUAUUGUUUUUUAAAGCUUGCUGAAGUGCUGGGUGCAUUCUGUCACUGCAAAGCGUGCGCGGGAGCCGGCCGGCGCAGCCGACCCGUACGGUGGUGCAGAGGCUCCUCCAGCAGCUCUGCAUCUUCGUUCUCUGCACUUUGUCCAGUUUUUACUUCCUGGAUAUUUUUUAUGUGUGUUAAUGUAGCAUUUUCAUUGCCGCUGGUUUAUAAGCAAGUGUUUAGCUCUUAGGAUCCGUGGUUAGGUUUCCAGUCUGGAUCUCGCUGUCCCCAGGGGUGGCCAGUCUGCACGACGGGGCCCUGUGCUCGCGUUUACCCAAGUGUAGCUGUCUGACUCCCGUAGAGUCCCGGGCUUGCCUUUCUGCUCUGUGCAUUUUUCAGAUGACAGGAUUAAAUGCAGUGUUUUUAAUCCUUUCUGAUUUGUUUUUGCAGCCAAAGGGAGUAGCCCUCACAGAGCUCGUCAGGCUCAUUCUUUUCGCAAAGUCUGUUUCUUUUUCGAGACUCAUUAACCAACUUAUUAUUGUUCCCAGCAAUUUUGCAAGUGGACACUUAGUUCUGACCAAGUGAGCGGCUGAGUGUCGGGGUCAAAUGCAAAUGUUAUACGCCCACGGAUGUGGCACGCUGCAAAGGUGACUUUGAGCAUAUCAGCAAAAAUUCUCCAGGCUGUUUUUUGAGAACUAAUCUAUAGCCAUUUACCUAGGUAAAUGCUGUAAUACUGGGAGGGAGUUUUACACAAUCAACGUAGUUUUCAGGCAGAUAACAGAAUUAUGGGACUCUUACUUCAACCUGUACAUUGAAAAAUCUGCUAAAUGUCAGCUCUGCUAAAACUACAUACAUACUUGAAACUCCUUCUCACUGUUUUCUGUAGUCACCACACCACAAUACAAUCAGAAUGUCCUAAAGACUCUCAAAUUAGCGAGAGAGCAGCAAAACAGGGGCCUUGUUAAGUUUCUCAGGAACAUUUAGAAGGUCUAUUCAUGUGUUGGGCAGUUUUGUGUGUUAUGUCCUGCCUAUCUUGUCCACCAUUAGGCUUAUUUUUGUCUUUUGUCUUAGCCUUAAUAAAACAAUUUUUUAAUAA